AGUGAUGAUAACAACAGAUGCUCAGGAGAGUCUUAAUAAAGUCUGUCAUUGGGGACAUAAAAAACGCAAGGGAUGGGAUAAAACGAGCGCUGAAUUUCAUGAUCAAACGAUAUUCUUAACGAGGAAAAAUUUUGGACCAUCAGGUUAUGCCCCAGUGGGCAGCAUGUGCUAUCGCACCAAUAGCUGUACUCUAAACGACGAUGAUGGGUUCCCAUCGGCUUUUAUUGUAGCUCAUGAGACUGGACAUACAUUAGGAAUGGAACACGAUGGAGACUCUAACAACUGUACCAAAGAUGUCAUCAAGGGAAGUAUCAUGGCACCUCUUGUCCGAUCCCGGUUUGACCGGUUUUACUGGUCUAGAUGUAGCAGACAAGAGCUCAUAAGUCACUUGAAUUAUAUGUGGUGUCUUGAUGACGUUCCUAUCGCGAGCAAUCGCUCAAUCAUGAAUAAACUUCCUGGGCAAAUAUAUGACAUAGAUGAACAAUGUUUACAGGAUUUCGGUAAAGGAUACUUCUCGUGUUUGAGCUAUUUGCCCAACCCGUGUCAGAAGCUAUGGUGUGAUGAUAAAUCAUAUGGUCACUACUGCAGAACCAGGAAUACCCCACCACUUGAAGGAACUACUUGCGGCGAGCGAAUGUGGUGUCGGCUUGGAAAGUGCGUUCCCAUGACAAGUGACGGUACAUUCGAGGUCCCCACCCCCAAACCAACUCCCAAGCCUAUCGAUGGAGGCUGGUCAUCAUGGAGUGCUUAUGGACCAUGUUCUAAGUCGUGUGGUCAAGGAGUGAAGGUGCGAGCCAGAAGCUGCACCCUCCCCAGCCCCAAGUUCAAUGGCAAGAAGUGUCAGGGGUACACCGUUGGAAUUUCAUUCUGCCAAAUUAAGCUCUGCUCUGGUAGCAUACCAUCAUUAAGGCAAACAAGAAGUCAUCAAUGUCAGAAAAGGGGAACAAAAAGCGAAUGGUUCUACUAUGACGUAUACAGAGCUUCGCUGGACUGUGAUUUUGAGGAUGGGUUGUGUGGAUGGCUUCAAGAUGACAGCGAUGAGUUUGACUGGACGCCAAUUCAAGGGAAGACACCUUCAUCUAAGACAGGACCUAUUCAUGACCACACAAAAGGACCUACAGGGAAAGGCACCUAUUUAUUUAUCGAGACAUCCCGACCUACUAAUGUUGGUUGGAGGGCACGUCUUGUCAGUAGACUUGUCGCAAAGCACGUGUCUUGUUUGUCAUUCUGGUAUCAUUCUUUUGGCGACGAUGAUCAUUUUGGAGCCUUGGAGUUGCAUUUAAAUACAACCACAAAAGAAAAGGUCAUAUGGGGGCAAUCAGGCAACAAAGGAAAUCAAUGGAAACAUAAACUUGUGACAAUCCUCAGUGUGAUGCCUUAUAGGGUGAGCUGACAAAUACUCUUAG